CCAGUGUCUCCACCCUCAGAGUGCGAGGUGGACGGGCUCCCCAGUGGUUACGGGUCCAGGGACUCCAUCCUCAGACAGGGCGUGAAGAGGGACUGGAAAAGACGAAGGCGUGGGCAUCUGAAGCGGAUUGACAGCUGUAGCAGCUGGGAUCCAGACCACGCCGAGGCUGGCAGAGAGACACAGCAGCCCGAGUUUGACCUAGGCGGAGGCGUAGCCAUGCGGUGCACCACCGUGCUCGCCAUCCUCACAGGGGUGCUUCUGUACUUGGUGCUGGGUGCUGUGGUGUUCCGCGCCCUGGAGGCUCCGCGGGAGGAGGGCGUGCAUGUGAUGCUGCAGCACGCUCUCCAGGACUUCCUGGUGAACUUCACCUGUGUCGACAAAGACAACCUGCAGAGCCUUGUGGAGGACGUGGUGGAGGCCGUCGGUGCAGGUGUGGACACCAGCAGCAACUCCACCUUUGUCAGCCAAUGGGAUUUGGCCAGUGCCUUCUUUUUCUCAGGGACAAUUAUCACAACCAUCGGUUUUGGAAACAUCUCCCCCAAGACAGAAGGAGGGCAGCUGUUCUGCAUUUUCUACGCCCUGGUGGGAAUCCCACUCUUUGGUAUCCUGCUGGCUGGAGUCGGAGAUCAUCUGGGUACUGCGCUGAGGAAAACUGUUGCCAAAAUAGAGACUCUCUUCCUGAAAUGGCGCGUGAGCCCCACUAUUGUGCGAGUCAUCUCCGCCGUCCUGUCCAUCCUGCUGGGUUGCCUUCUCUUUGUCGCAGUGCCUAUCCUGGUCUUCCAGGAGGUGGAGGGUUGGAGUCUCCUGGAGUCGGCCUACUUUGUGGUUAUCACCCUGACAACGGUCGGGUUUGGAGACUAUGUUGCAGGGGAUUCUGGAAUUGCAGGGAGCGAUCACUGGUACAAGCCCUUGGUGUGGUUCUGGAUCUUGCUGGGUCUUGCCUACUUUGCAUCUAUCCUGACAAUGAUUGGUAACUGGCUUCGGGUACUUUCCAAGAAGACCAGGGCUGAGAUGGAAGAACUGCGAGCCCACGCCACCGACUGGACUCAGAACAUCCAGAAUAUGUCGGUGGAUUUCCGCAUUGCAGGAAAAAUUGACGACCCCUUCAAACGGCGCAGGCGAAAGCGCCGCCACGGCUCCCGUGGCCAUGGUCACAGUGUGUCGGGUGCAGGGGCUGCUGAAGGGAAAGAAGGGCAGCCUGAGAAUCAAACAGAUUCGGGAUCUUACUCCUCUUCCUCCUCCUCCUCCUGCUCUAACGAAUCAGAGUCUGAGUCAGAGACAAACUCGCAGGCCACUCAGACGGAGCGAGUGCCUGAGGAGAAAAGUGCAGAGACUGAAAAGGAGGAGACUCUUCCUGAUCCCCUCCUGUCUCAGCCUCUAGACUACUUCGGAGAGAACCUUGCAUUCAUUGACGAGUCGUCAGAUACGCAGAGUGUUAAACUUCAUUUGGAUCCUCUGCUGGAUCAGACACACUCCAACUCUGCAGGCUCUCGUCAGCCGAAGAGGAGACGCCACAGGAGGCCCGUUCCACAGAGAAGCCCCAAACUCAACUGCUCCAAACCGGACAAGAAUGAGCCCAAUGGAAACCCCAAACCUGUUCCAGGUCUUCCACUGAACCUCAAGAUUUAAGAUGGGUACAGAAACGCCACUGCUAUAACAAGACCAAUGGAAACCCCAAACCUGUUCCAGGUCUUCCACUGAACCUCAAGAUUUAAGAUGGGUACAGAAACGCCACUGCUAUAACAAGUAUCAAUUUAAGAUAUGAGAUCUAUUGAAAACCUGACAGAGGUGGCUUUCAGUGUAGCAAUGUAUUUGUGUGUGUGUACUGCUUACUUACACACACUAAAGAUGAAAACGUAUUGCAGACGCCGUGUGGUUGCAUUCAUUGCCCUUAGCAUGCAAGUGUGUGUUCCUCAACCAAAGAUGAUGAAGUGAUUUGUAUGCCAAUGUUUUCCAUUAGUUUGUGAAGAGCCACUGCUCUCUACUGGCCCCGGAGGGAAACGCAUUACCCUCCUCUCAACAUCAGGGUUUCCCACCCUUUUACUGGUCCGCGCCAAGAAAGAAAAAGCAAGAAAGAAAAGAUAGUCCUUUAUUGGGAAAUGAGAGAGAGCCACCAGAUCCCAGAUCCUUACCACAAUCGUGCCGUGCUCAUGAAUCAUGAUAGAGAGCGGUCACUUUGGUCGGAGACAGUUACUCUUUCUGUCCGGUACUUAACAGGCACUUGUAUCAUGCUCAUUUUUGGUAUGCAACAAAACUUUUCUAAAUGCUGUGUGCGAACAACCAUAGCAUUUGCAUUUUAACGGCCGAAUACAUUA